GUACCACUGGUAGCAACACGGCCACUUUCAGGAAGCACAACAGUUUCUCUUCUUCGCGCACCUGCUGCCAGCGGGUACCCCUGUGGCGCUUAGUGCGGGCCAUGCCAUGAGAGACUAGGAGGGUCGGCAGCAGAAAAGCGGAAAACAUGACCCUUCCGUCUUUGCUUCUGACCUGCCUUGUCCUGCUAAUCUCGGCUUCCUGUGGGUUCCCCACGGAAACCAGUUAUUUGAGAAGAAGCUUUCCUUGCGACGAGAAAAUACAAAAUGAAACUGUUGUUGCAGACUGCAACAACCGUCGGCUGCAAGAAGUCCCCCAAACCGUGGGCCCAGGUGUCAUGGUGCUCGACCUGUCUGACAACGUAAUCACACAAAUCAGGAACGGAUCUUUUGAAAGCCUGCACAAUCUCACCUCCAUCAACCUGAACCGCAACGCCAUGCUGCCGCCCUACUGUGAGAAUUAUCGCAGAACUAAGAAAGGCAUGAACAUCACAGAUGGGGCAUUCCUCAACUUGCAAAAGCUAACGGAGUUACUACUUGAGAACAACCAACUAGACAAAAUACCCUCUGACUUGCCGGGGUCUUUGAGGGUCCUUAGUCUAAUUCAAAACAACAUCAUUUCUGUAAGUAAAAACAACACUUCUGCACUGAAGAACUUGGAAAGUCUCAAUCUGGGCUGGAACUGCUAUUUUGGUAAUGUUUGUAAUAAAACUUUUAUCGAUGACGGGGCCUUCGAAGAGAUGACAAAUUUGAAGGUGCUCACGCUGUCCUUUAAUAACCUUUCCAGGGUACCCCUCAACCUGCCAAGAUCCUUAAGGAAACUGUUUCUUAGCAAUACCAAUAUCCACACCAUCCAUAAAGCAGACUUCGAGGGCCUGGGAAAUUUAACAGUCCUCGAUUUGAGCGGGAACUGUCCAAGGUGCUUCAACGCCCCGUUCCCCUGUACACCUUGCCCAGGAGACGCUUCGAUUUCUAUACAUGGUAGUGCUUUCGAGAGCUUGACCAAUCUUAAAUAUCUCAACCUCUCUAGCACUUCCCUCCGGAAGGUGAAUUCAAGCUGGUUUGACAAGAUGCCUCAUCUAAAGGAGCUGCAUCUUGAAUUCAACUACUUGGUGCAUGAAAUCGCCUCUGGGGAAUUUUUAACAAAACUGCCCAGCUUAGAAAUACUUGACUUGUCUUAUAACUAUAGAAAGACACAAUAUGUAGAUUAUAUUGAUCUUUCCCCAAACUUCUCUAAGCUUACCCUUCUCCGGUCUUUGCAUUUAAGAGGUUAUGUGUUCCAGAACCUUCGCUCUGAAGAUUUCCAACCCCUGAUGAACCUCUCGAACUUAAUGACUAUCAACUUGGGCGUUAACUUUAUUAAUAAAAUUGAUUUUGGCAUUUUCAAGAACUUCCCCAACCUGACAGUCAUCUACCUGUCAGUAAACAGAAUAUCGCCCUUGGUCAAUGGUACCCGGCAAAGUCUCUCCACUCUCCACAGUCAUGUCCUCAAACCACGCUCAGCCGAUAGCGAGUUUGACCCCCAUUCGAAUUUUUAUCACAGUACCAAACCUUUAAUAAAGCCAGAAUGUGUCAAGUAUGGCAAAGCCAUAGAUUUAAGCCGAAACAAUAUUUUCUUCAUUGGGCAAAAGCAAUUUGAAGCUUUCCCUAACAUCUCUUGCUUAAAUCUGUCUUCCAAUGGCAAUGGGCAAGCAUUAAAUGGGAGCGAGUUUUCAGCUCUGACCCAGCUCAAAUAUUUGGAUUUUACCCACAAUAAACUGGACUUUGAUGCUAAUAGUGCUUUCAAUGAGUUGCCUGAGUUAGAAGUUCUAGAUCUCAGCGACAAUGCACACUAUUUCCAAAUAGCAGGGGUCACACACCGGCUAGGCUUUAUUAAAAAUUUAACAAUGCUGCAAGUUUUAAAUGUGAGUCGCAACAACAUUUUUACCCUAACAGAGUACAACCUGAGCAGCGGGUCCCUGAAAGAAUUAGUUUUCAGUGGGAACCGCCUGGACAUUUUGUGGAAGGCUGCAGACAAGAGGUACAUGUGCAUUUUCAGGAAUCUCGUGGCACUGGAACAGCUUGAUAUAUCCUUUAAUAAUCUUGAGCGUAUCCCCCAACAAGCCUUCGUUAACCUGCCCAGGAAUCUCACAAGGCUAUAUCUAAAUGACAAUAGGUUAAUUUUUUUUAACUGGACAUUACUCCAGUACUUUCCUCGUCUCCAGUUGCUUGACUUAAGUAGAAACCGUCUGUAUUAUUUAACAUAUGGCCUAUCUAAAAUCACACACUCUCUUCAGACGCUGCUCCUGAGUGAAAACAAGAUUGUCCAGCUGCCACCUGGCUUCGUUUCACAAAACAGCAGUCUGGUAACCCUCGAUCUAAGUGCCAACCAGCUAAAGAUGAUCAACAGAUCUACAUUUCAGACAAACGAGAACAGCAACUUGGCCCUUUUGCGACUAGACGGAAACCCCUUUGAUUGCACCUGUGACAUGGGAGAUUUUCUAAGAUGGAUGGAUGAAAACCCGAAUGUCACAAUUCCUAGGCUGACAUAUGUCAUGUGUGGCAGUCCUGGGGAUCAAAUAGGGAAGAGUAUUGUGACUCUAGAGCUAACCACAUGUGUUUCAGACACCAUUGCAGCCAUACUAUGUUUCUUCACAUCCUUCAUCACGCUCACGGUGAUGUUGGCUGCUCUGGCUCACCACUGGUUUUACUGGGAUGUUUGGUUUAUGUACCAUGUGUGUCUAGCAAAGAUCAAAGGCUACAGGUCUCUUUCCACAUCCCAAACUUUCUAUGAUGCGUAUGUUUCUUAUGACACCAAAGAUGCCUCUGUUACAGACUGGGUGAUCAAUGAGCUGCGCUUCCACUUGGAAGAGAGUGAAGAAAAAAAUGUGAUGCUGUGUUUGGAGGAGAGGGAUUGGGACCCGGGAUUGGCCAUUAUUGAUAACCUCAUGCAGAGCAUCAAACAAAGCAAGAAAACAAUAUUUGUUUUAACCAAAAAGUAUGCCAGAAGCUGGAGCUUUAAAACGGCAUUCUACUUGGCCUUGCAGAGGCUGAUGGAUGAAAAUAUGGAUGUGAUUGUAUUUAUUCUGCUGGAGCCAGUGUUGCAACACUCUCAGUAUCUGAGGCUGCGGCAGAGGAUCUGCAAGAGUUCCAUCCUCCAGUGGCCUGACAACCCCAAGGCGGAAGUCUUGUUCUGGCAAAAUCUGAAAAAUGUGGUCUUAACAGCAAACGAUUCGCGGUAUAACAAUUUGUAUGUGGAUUCCAUUAAGCAAUACUAACUGAUGUUAAAUCCUGGUUUAUCACAUAAGACAAAGGCACAGCAAUGACCCUUCUGCCUUGGUCAGCUAUUGCUGUGUAACAAAUUACCCCAAAACAUACUGGCUUAGAAUGACAGAAUUUGUUACCAUGUAGUCUCUGUGGGUCAGGAGUCCAGUAUGGCUUAGCCACGUCCUCUGCUUGGGGUGUCUCAAAGGCUGCAAUCUAAGUGUUACCAGGGCCACACGCAUCUCCUGGGAUUAAGACUGCAGUCUUUGAGAGACCCCAAGCUCACACUCAUGUGGCUGCUUUCAGGAUUCGCUUCCUUCUGGGCUGUUGGCCAAAGGCUGCUCUCAGUUAUCAGUCAAAUGGACCUCUCUUACAUGGUAGGUUGCUUCAUCAAAGCCAGCAAGAGAAAGAGAUUUUUCUGUUUUUUAAUUUUUAAUUUUUAUUUUUAUUGAUUUCAGAGAGGAAAGGAGAGGAAAAGAGAGACAGAAACAUUAAUGAUGAGAGAGAAUCAUUGGUCGGCUGC